CAAGUACGGCUGUCGUCUCACACACAGUCUCUCAGCCAUGACCAAAGGAGAGAAGGGAGCACAGGGCUCAGCGGGGAAGUUCAUCAAACCUACUGAACCGCUCUUCCCCAAAACUCCACACCAGACUGACUUGAGUCAGAAGUUGUCGAUAUCCAGUAAACUGUGUUUCGCCAUUGGCGGUGCACCCAAGGAGGUAGCUGCCAGCGCCACAGCCUUCUUCCUGCAAAUCUACCUGCUCGAUGUCGCUCAGAUCAACGCCUUCCAGGCCUCCAUGGUGCUGUUCAUCGGUAAAGCCUGGGGGGCUGUGACCGAUCCAAUAGUUGGAUUCUUCAUUACAAAGACCAGAUGGACCAAGAUCGGCAGACUCAUGCCCUGGAUGGUGGGUUGUACUCCAUUUGGUUGUCGCCUACUUCUACCUCUGGUUUGUCCCUCCUUUCAUCAACGCCAGGUUCAUUUGGUACCUCGGUUUCUACUGCCUCUACCAAACCCUCAUCACUUUAGCCAGGAAAGGCCAGCUGUUAUCAUUCAGGAGGGUCACGAUCUGUAA